GGGAAACCAUCCCCAACUCGCUCACUCUCACAUCACUUUCCCUCUUCCUUCCAGAAGACGGAUCCCGUCCCCUCUUCUCUCUCUCUAUAUCAUGUGAUUUCUUUAGUUGCAGACGCGAUUGAUCUGCUCCAAUUCGUCGACCUUUCGAACUUGCGAGAUCGUCCGUUGUUUGGUCGCUGUAGCUGCGGCAGGUGCAAAGGAUGGCUGAACAAGUUGGUUCAUCUCCAUCCACGGACUCCUUUGAGUAUGUUCUUUUUGAAGGAGAUCCUGACAACAUGAGAACUGUUGUGUCCACGUCCAAUGAAACUGGCCCUUGGGUUGAUCCUGGUGUACUUAAGCUCACCCACAGGAUUGGGCGAGGACCUCUUGGUGAUGUCUGGAUAGCUACACUUCAUCAAUCUACCGAUGAUUAUGAUAAUUAUCAUGAGGUAGCUGUGAAAAUGUUGAAUUCCAUCAAAGAAGAUCAAAUGCAGGCUUUCAUGAUUAAAUUUGAAGAUAUUUUCUCCAAACUUCAAGGACUGAGCGAUGUCUGUUUUCUGCAUGGCGUCUCUAUCAAAAGUGGAAAGAUUUGCAUCAUCAUGAAGUUCUAUGAAGGUUCACUAGCAGACAAAAUGGCUCAACUCGAAGGAGACAAGCUUUCUCUUGCAGAUGUGUUGAGGUAUGGGAUUGAUUUAGCUCAGGGAGUUCUAGAGAUGCAUUCAAGAGGUAUCUUGAUACUUAAUCUCAAGCCUUCCAAUUUUCUUCUCAAUGGAAACGACCAAGCAAUUAUUGGGGAUAUUGGGCUUCCUCUGCUACUUUAUGGAAUUCCACGUCCUAGCUCAGACAUGACUGUAAGGCUUGGAACAGCAAACUACAUGGCUCCUGAACAAUGGGAGCCUGGUGUAGGGGGUCCCAUAUCCUUUGAGACCGAUUCAUGGGGAUUUGGUUGCAGUGUUGUAGAGAUGCUGACUGGAGUGAGACCUUGGUCAGGGAAAUCUUCUGAAGAGAUCCAUGAUCUGGUUGUGAAUACUCAAGAAAAACCAAGCAUCCCUAGUGGCUUGCCUGCUGCAAUUGAAAAUGUCAUCAUUGGAUGCUUUAACUAUGACCUGCGUAAAAGGCCACUAAUCCGGGAUAUUUUGCAUGCCUUCAAAAACCCAAAUGCAGUAUAUGGUGACUGUGGGUGGAUUAGCCCUGGACAUAGAACCAUCAUGGGCAGACCAGCUACUGCAUAUUCCACUAAUUGGUUACUAGGAAAAGAUAAACUUCAAGUUGGUGAUAUUGUCCGCUCCAGAAAGUCAAGUUCAUUUAAACAGGAAAGCAUGGAUAUUCCAGAGGGAAUGGUAGUUGGAAUGGAAACAGAUGGUGAUGCUGACCGUUUCAUACUUGUAAGAGUUCAUGGGCUUCAUGAUCCGUUGAAGUUGCAUCCCUCAACAUUGGAGAGGGUGACCUUUGGUUUUGCAGCUGGGGAUUGGGUGCGGAUUCGUGAAGAAGACAGGAAGAAACACUCUCCUGUAGGUAUACUUCAUUCAAUUGAACGAGAUGGCAGAGUGACUGUCGGUUUUAUUGGCAUGGAGACACUUUGGCAUGGAAAUUCUGCAGACCUUCAGAUGUCCGAGACAUUUUAUGUGGGGCAGUUUGUGAGAGUGAAAGCAAACGUGUCUUCUCCAAGGUUUGAAUGGCCACAGAAAAAGGGUGGUAAAUGGGAAGCAGGAAGAAUAUUGCGCAUACUACCCAAUGGCUGUCUUGUUGUUGGGUUUCCUGGUCGCCCGUUCUUUAGGAAAAUGCCAAGCUUCUUAGCAGAUCCAGCUGAGGUUGAAGUUGUGUCAUUUGACAAGUGUGUGGGAAUGGUGAAGAAAUACCAGCAUCUCGAGGACUAUCACUGGGUAAUAAGACCUGUGCUGAUAGCUUUGGGCUUGCUUACAGCUCUUAAGCUUGGAUUCACUAUAGGAAAGAGUAUCAAGGGUUCAAGGAAGAAAGGUGCAAAAGUUUCAGCCCAGGGUGAAGGCUUCCAGGAUGGCCAGAGUGGUGCAAAUCCUGCUUGGCUUCCAUCGCCGGUGGCUAACAUUCUUUUCAGAGAUGGUGUGGCCAUCGCAAGAUAGCUUUUCUGAUCGCACUCUGUCAUACAUGUUGGUUUCAAAACUUUUUAUAGCUUUCCCUGUACAUGCAUAGCUGUGGUGUCAAUCGUGCGUACUUCAUUUGCUGCUUCUGUAAAUAUGUUGAACCUAUGUAAUAGAUGCUCACGUUUCAACCUCCGAGCGAUUCAAGUUUCAUUACUGAAUAUUAAUGUACAUCAACAUGUUUUUAUUU